CUCGUCCUAACCUCCUCAAACAUUAAUCAUAAACGUCUACUCAAUUAUAUCUCAGAGUGAGUAAGUUUGUGCGAUAUAGAGUACUAUAAAAAAGCAAAAUAUUAGUAGAUGUGGGUAAACCUGGCUGACUAGAUUGGCAAGCCAAAAAGCCGUCUUGGGUCAUUAAUUGUUAACGUAGGGUUGUGUUACAUUGCAAUAACUGGGGUUUUUCAACUCAAAUGAACAGAAGGAUUCCUGAUAUUUACGCUUUGAACAAGUUAAACGUGAGAACUGUGUUCUUUGGGGGAACCUUAUUGGCAUUAUGUGCACCUCGUGAAAAGCUGUAACUGGUAUUGAUUAAUCACAUUAUUCAAACUUAAGAAGCAGUGGCCGUGUGCUCCGAGGGUUUCAGUCCUGAUCUCACAUCUCAUAGAGUGCGUGGUGAGGAAUGAAAACAUUUGUAUCAUUUCGAGUUUGCUUCUGGAUAUUGGGGACGUGGGUCGUGGUCUCAGUGAUUUUGAUUGCCUGGUCUUUAACAGAAUUCACGAAAUAUAGCACCAACUCAGAACUACAAGAUCAAGGACGCCUGCAGCAUGGGGAAGUAGAUGAAACGCCGGAUCCUAACAAAAACUACAAGAAAAUUAUAUUGCUAUGGGGAGAAACGUUUAAAAAGGCAAUGCAACUCGCUAAUUUGCGAAAUGGAGACUUUUUAGACAAUUUCAAGUGCAAGAGCACAUCAUGCGAAUUUACUACAGACAAGUCUGUUUUAGAGAAUGCAAAUGCUGUGAUAUUUGACGGGAAUAAUUUGCCAGAGUCACCCCCCGCGAAGAAGAAGCAUCAUGUAUGGAUUUUUUAUUCAAAUGAACCGCCAAAGAGAAACGCGAGGGACAAUCUUAAGAACUGGCGUAAUGCCUUUAAUUUGACGAUGACGUAUAAGAGAGACUCCAAUAUACGAUUCCGUUUAGGAAACUUUACCAGAAGGCGCCAAAGUUUAAGUAAGAAGUAUAAUUCAUGUGGGAGUAAGAAGAGGUCUGUUGCCUGGAUUAACGACGACUGCGUCACACAAAGCAAACGCGAAGAAUACGUGAAGCAGCUGCAGAAGCACAUUAAAGUUGAUAUUUUUGGUAAAUGUGGCGAUUAUCUCAAUUGUUCUUUAUCCCAUGGGAGGCAGCAAAAGAAUGGACAACACAUCGAUUUUUCCAACGAUGACCGCGAGCGAACACAAACUUGUAUGCAGCACAUAGAGCAACACUACAGAUUCUAUCUGUCAUUCGAAGAACAACUAUGUCAGGAUUACGUAGCCCCUGAACUUUUUGAAACGCUUCAACAGGAUGUCAUACCAGUCAUCCGCAGCGGUGCCAAUCUGAACGCCCUGGACGCGCCGUAUUCCUUUAUCAAUACAAAGGAUUUCAAAACACCUGCCCGUUUGGCGAAAUAUUUAAACUUUCUGGAUAAAAAUCCAAGGAAAUGUGAUCAAUAUUUUGAGUGGAAGAACAAGUACAUUGCCACGGCGAACAGGGCCAUGUUUAGUGGCGCCCACUGGUGUGAACUGUGCGCCAAACUCAACCAGGCUCAUGGCAGACGAACGUUUCACACCACUUUGGAGAACUGGUGGGCACACAACACGAACUGCAGAGAUCCCGACGAUCUCUACGUGUUGAUAUAGACAAAGGCGUCUUUUUUCAUCUUUCUUUGUUAUUGCUCAUUUUGUAUCUUUUAUAAAUGGAAGUGUGCGGUUGCAGUGCUCAGUUUGAGGAUAACCACAUGGACGGUCGAUCUCCUGUGCUUUACUUUUUAUGUGCGCGACAACGAAUAAAAAUAUUUAGCAAGCUUUUUAAGAAUGCAUUUAAAGUACAAUUUCUUUUAAUUAAAAAAAAAAGGAAAAAAAGCCUUCGUACCAGAUUACUGGCAUCGAUUGCAACCGAAAGCUUCUGUCCAAGUUUCCUUCUCUGAGUUUUUAUUAACAAAGCAUUCAUUUAGACCUUAUUGAAUGAUGUUAUGCUUUCCGUUUUUUCUUUUGACAUCAACUGGUUUUAAAUCGGUUGAAAUAAAGCACAAUAAGCUUCGUAUGCCUCUUUUACAGAAAAUGCAAAAAAAGUUAAAAACCAA